GUCCCGGGGGCGUGGCCCCCGCGGAUGAAGACAACAAAGGGUCGCGGGUCGCUAGCCGGCGGCAGGCGGCGGUGUUCCAGGCUUCCUCGUUCGGCUUGGCUGAGGGUGUCGGCCUCCCGCCAGUCCCGCUCCAGAUGAAGUGUGAGCACUGCACACGGAAGGAAUGUAGUAAAAAAUCAAAAACUGAUGACCAGGAGAAUGUGUCCACUGAUGCAUCAAGUCCAGCCCAGGAGAAUGAUGAGAAGGGAGAAUUCCAUAAGCUGGCAGAUGCUAAGAUAUUUCUGAGUGACUGCCUGGCAUGUGACAACUGUGUGACUGUGGAGGAAGGAGUCCAGCUUUCCCAGCAGAGUGCCAAGGACUUCUUCCACGUCUUGAAUCUUAAUAAGAAAUGCGACACCUCAAAGCACAGAGUGCUGGUUGUGUCUGUGUGUCCUCAGUCUCUGCCUUAUUUCGCUGCUAAAUUCAACCUCAGUGUCACCGAUGCAUCCAGAAGACUCUGUGGCUUCCUGAAAAGUCUUGGGGUGCACUAUGUAUUUGACACCACAAUCGCGGCAGAUUUCAGCAUCCUGGAGACUCAGAAGGAAUUUGUACGCCGGUAUCACCGACACAGUGAGGAGCAGCGUGAACUACCCAUGUUGACCUCUGCCUGUCCUGGUUGGGUCAGAUAUGCUGAGCGGGUAUUGGGCCCCCCAGUCAUCCCACAUCUCUGCACUGCCAAGUCCCCCCAGCAGGUCAUGGGGUCCUUGGUGAAGGAUUACUUUGCUAGAAAGCAGAAUCUGUCUCCAGAGAAAAUUUUCCAUGUUGUCGUGGCUCCUUGCUACGAUAAGAAGCUGGAAGCUCUUCGGGAGGGACUUUCCACCACUCUGAAUGGUGCCAGGGGCACUGACUGUGUGCUGACAUCAGGUGAAAUUGCUCAGAUAAUGGAACAAAGUGACCUCUCUGUGAAGGACACUGCUGUGGAUACUUUGUUUGGAGACAUGAAGGAGGUGGCAGUACAGCGUCACGAUGGAGUGAGCUCAGAUGGGCAUCUGGCCCACGUCUUCAGACAUGCAGCCAGGGAGUUGUUUGGCGAGCACGUGGAGGAGAUCACCUACCGUGCACUGAGAAACAAAGACUUCCACGAGGUCACCCUUGAGAAGAACGGGGAGGUCUUACUGCGCUUUGCUGCGGCCUACGGCUUUCGCAACAUCCAGAACAUGAUCCUGAAGCUCAGGAAGGGCAAAUUCCCGUAUCACUUUGUGGAGGUCCUCGCAUGUCCCAGAGGAUGCUUAAAUGGCAGAGGCCAAGCCCAGACAGAGGACGGCCACACAGACCGUGCACUGCUGCAGCAAAUGGAAGGGAUCUACUCCGGCAUCCCCGUGCGGCCCCCAGAGAGCAGUGCGCAUGUGCAGGAGUUGUACCAGGAGUGGCUGGAGGGUACCGAGUCCCCCAAAGUCCAGGAGGUGCUGCACACCACAUACCAGAGCUUGGAGCCCCGCACAGAUGGCUUGGAUAUCAAGUGGUGACAGAGCGGGAGGUCAGGAGGGGGCAGCGCCGAGUGGAGAGCGGUGGAUGUUUCACGAACAACAGGUCGCUCAGCGGCAUGCAGCUUCACGUGGUGCUACCUCUGUAGUGUGUGAGGGAGUGGAAUAUUUUCACAUGGAAAAAGCAUUUUUCCUCUCUGAGUAUCCUUUUAGCCCAAGAUUGUGAGAAAGACCCCAAAGAUGAGGCCAGGGACACGCCCCUGUCUUUCAGGGGUCUUGUUUGUUUGUUUGUUUGUUUUGUUUUUUAAAGAAUCCAAAAUGUAUUCAUUUUUUGGUUUUUGUUUUUUAAGAAAGGAUUUCUCUGUGUAGCCUUGGCUGUCCUAAAACUUGCUCUGUAGACCAAGCUGGCCUCAAACUCCUCACAGAGAUCCAUUCACCUCUGCCUCCCAAGUGUUAGGAUUAAAGACGUGUGCCACCACUGCCCAGCUCCAAGUGCUAGGAUUAAAGGUCUGUUCCUCCACCACCCAGCUCAAAAUGUGUUCUUAAAGACUCAACCCCCUGGAGUUGUGAUCUAUGAACCUCAGAGUAUUGCUGCGGAAAUGGAAGGGCCAGGCUGCUCUGUGGUGGGUAACUAUGGUUACACAGGUCCAGUCUUCCUACCCAGUUUGGCUCUUUUACUUGUACACAUUUUUGAAAAUAAUUUUGAAUUCUAGGGUCAGCAAGAUGGCUUAUUGGCAACAACCUUAGUUUGACAAUCUCGUGGUAGAAGGAGCGACCACCUGCCGUAAAUUAUCCUCUGACUUCCACACAGUCACCGAGCCUGUCAGCUUUGAGGUUGAUCCUCUUCAGGGAAAAGGCUGAUGAGAACAACAGAUUCCGCCAAGUGGAACACUUGCUUAACAUACAUGAGAGCCUGAUUUGAAUUAUUUUAAAAUAAAUGAGUCGAGAAUUAAGACGGUAGCCUACUUACGAUUUGGGGUUCUAAGGGAGGUCCAGCUCAUCGGUUACCCUCAUGGGGCAGGAAGAUGCUGGUAGUAAGGGGAAACAGUGUAUCCACACAGAGGAGUAGCUGCCCAGAGGUAACCUCUACACAAUCACUUGACACAUGCCAGAGUUCAUCCAGGAGGUGAUGCCUGGUGGUUUUGUAAAGCCCUUGGAUUUUGCUCAUGUGUGUAAUUGCCUUGACUCCUCAGUGCUGUUGGCUUUGGUUUGUUUUGUUGCUCCUAUGAGACUGUCUAGGAGCAUAACUGAGUCUAUUCUAAACAGCAGUUCUCAACCUGUGGCUUGCAACUCCCCCCACCCCAGAGGUUGCAUUAUCGGAUAUUCUGCACAGCAGAUAUGUGUAUUAUGAUUCAUAACUGUAGCAAUAUUACAAUUAUGAAUUAGUUGUGGAAAUAAUUUUAUGGUUGGGAAUCAGGAGAACAUGAGGAACUGUAUUAAAGGGUUGCAACCUUA